AUGGACGUGUCUCCCCUGGUGUUAGAGUUCCAAGGUACGUUCCCCUCCCACCAAUGGCGUGCCGCUACCACCGAAUACCUCACCCUCACCAAUAACACGCGCGAGCCCCUCGCGUUCAAGGUCAAGACCACCGCCCCUAAGCUCUACUGCGUCCGCCCCAAUGCCGGGUUAGUCGAGCCGGGCGAAGACGUCGAGAUCUCCAUCAUCCUCCAGGGGUUCUCCCAACCUUUACCUGCUGACUACAAGUGCAAGGACAAGUUCUUGAUCGUGUCGUUGCCGGCGCCUAAGGUCAAAGACCCGUCGCGGGUACUGGAGGAAUGGGGCCGUCUCGAACAGCUGUACGGCGACAAGUUGGUGCUGAAGAAAUUGCGGGUUAACUACUUCGUCACCGACGACCACUCCGACGUCGACAGCGACCGUGGCCACCACGACCGGAGCAACGGCCACGGCCACGGCCACGGUGCCGCCGCCGCCGCUGGCGGGGCCGGCGUCGGUGCUGCUGCAGGUGCCGCCGCUGCCUCCCAGCGCCACCACGACUCGGCUCCCGUCGACCGUGACCUCUCCCACCACCAAGCGCCCGCGCAAGACCUGUACCAACAACAAGCACCCCCCGCCCACCAGCAACCGGUGGCAGCGGCGCCCCCUCCUCAACAAUACUCGGUGCAGCAGCAACAACCCCAGGGCGACUACCAGCCGCAAAAGGCGAUUGUCACCGAGCCCAUCCAGGGCAUUUCCAUACAAUUGGCGGCGUUGCUCUGCUUGUUGUCGUUUUUGUUGGGGUGGCUCGCUUUGUAA